GCAGUCCUAUGGGUGAGGUGUUCCGUGCGCGGCUGAGGCAGUUUCCCUCCUUGGUGACAUGUUGCACCAUAGACUGGUUCAGCGCCUGGCCGGAGGAGGCUCUGCAGGCUGUGGCUACAUCGUUCCUCAAUGAGCUGCCUGAGCUAGACGUCAGCCCCACAGCCAUGAGGGGACUGACAUUGAUGUGUGUGGAGAUCCACCAGAUGGUAGCCAGAAAGUGUGAUCAGUACCUGGCUGAGCUUUCCAGGCACAACUACGUCACCCCCAAGAGCUACCUGGAGCUGCUGAAAAUCUUCUCAGAUCUCACCGUGCGCAAGAAGCAAGAACUGUGCAGUGCUCGUCAGCGCAUGAAGACCGGCCUAGACAAGCUCCUCAGCACAGCAGAUGAUGUGAGUAAGAUGCAGGAAGAGCUGGGGACGAUGAGGCCACUUUUGGAGGAGGCCACCAGGGACACUGAAGUCACCAUGGAGACCAUCAAA